AUGACCGAGAGACUCAAGAAUCGUCCGCCAAACGUGCCAAUAGCCCAGUUUAAGAGUCUUUGUGAUUAUUGGAGUAAGGAAACUAUACAAGCAAUCAGUGAAAAUAACACUAGAAAUAGAGCUCAACUAAAGUGGAUGCAUCAAAUGGGUCCCCAAAACUUUGCUUUGACUCGUGAAAAAGUGCGUGAAAAGGAAAAAAGAGAGCCCACUCAAUCAGAAAUGUUUGUUGAAACUCGAAAAGGAAAUAAAGGAAAGGAACUGGAUGUAGAAACUGGAAAAGUAAUUUCCCAACUUCAAGAAAUGGUUGAAAAGGAGGAAAGUGAUACUGAAGCUUUUAAAGUUGUUUUUGGAAAGGAGUGUCCAGGAAGGGAUAUAAGACCGCAAAUGCAUUCAUCUACAUCAACUCAUGCUCCAUGUCAUGGAAAGCAAUGUAUCAAUGAAGAUGUUGAAAAGGACGAUAUAAAUGAUGAAAUUCAAGAGGACGACAUAAAUGAUAAAAUUCAAGAGGACGACCUAAAUGAUAAAAUUCAAGAGGACGACGUAGAUGACGAAUUUCAAGAGGACGACAUAGAUCUAGAUGAUGAAUUUCAAGAGGACGAUAUAGAUGGUGAAUUUCAAGAGGACGGCGUAGAUGAAGAAUUUAUGGAGGAUGACAUAUCUGACAAAUUUCAAGAGGAUGAUCUGGAUGAUUUACUCCUAGAAGACAAACUUGAGUGA